CAUUGAGAUGCAUAGCACUAAAUGCUAACCCUAUGGCCUGCCUGCCUGAGAUUAGCCUCCUGUCUCCAAGGAGCUGCUGGAGAGCUGGGAUCUAGCUGUCUCCGUGUAACAUUACGCAGUUCCUGCUUCUAUAAAUCCAGUCAGAUUGUGCCUAGGAGCCCUUGGAGCUGCCCUCCUCAUCACCCAGCAACACCUGGAGAGGGAGAAGAAGUGCCCAGUGUGCCAGCGUGCGGUGCCAUCUAUCCACACAGGAGAGGGGGAGACUGGCAGAGCUACUGAGCGAUCUCAGGGAGCCAAGGAGACAUUGACUUAAAGCAGACGCAGCCAAUGCAGAGAGCAGGGGAGCUGGCAGGAGCCAGACAUUAGAUUUCAGGCGCUGUAUGGUGAGGUGUGUGAGGGAGUGGGGGGAGGAGGGAGAAGGGAUAGGCAGCUGCAUUGCUGAUCCCACACUUCCUCCCUGCUAAGCAUCCUAUGCUCUCCCCUAAUAUGCUGGGGUACGUGGGCUCCUGCUUGCAUCGGUAGCAUCUAAGGGCUCACAUAGGGGUGGCCUGGCGGCUCCAGGGGGAGGUGGAGCUGCCCACUAUACUGCAUAAGCCCUCGGCACGCGGGAUGCUGCUCGUGAGAAGGCGCUCAGGAUGCCCAGGCUCACACUCAAUGUGACUUGAUCGCUGGGGAGUCCUAUGGCUUCAUCCUAAACCCCCACUACCCGUGUCCCCCCGCCCGCCGCUGCCAGUUUGAUUGCAUUUUGUGUGCGGAUUUGCAAACUGAGUUACAUGCAUGUCCAGUGGGGGAAGAUUUAAUUUUGAUGAUGGAGGGUCCUACUGUGGAGGCUGGCAGGAUGGCAAGGCUCACGGCCACGGGAUCUGCACCGGUCCCAAGGGGCAGGGUGAGUACGCUGGCUCUUGGAGUCACGGCUUCGAAGUACUGGGCGUCUACACCUGGCCUAGCGGCAACACUUACCAGGGCACCUGGGCGCAGGGAAAGCGCCACGGCCUCGGAGUGGAGAGCAAGGGCAAGUGGGUGUACAGAGGGGAGUGGACCCACGGAUUUAAAGGGCGAUAUGGGGUCCGAGAGUGCACAGGAAAUGGAGCCAAAUACGAGGGAACGUGGAGCAACGGCUUGCAGGAUGGCUAUGGCACCGAGACCUACUCCGAUGGAGGGACUUAUCAAGGCCAGUGGGCUGCUGGGAUACGUCAUGGAUAUGGAGUACGUCAGAGUGUUCCCUAUGGGAUGGCUGCUGUUAUUAGGUCCCCUCUCAGGACCUCUAUAAACUCGCUUCGUAGCGAACACACAAAUGGAACUGCGUUGCACCCAGAUGCCUCCUGCACAGUGUCUGGCAGCCCUGCAGUAUCAAGAGGAGGGUUUGUACUAAUGGCCCACAGUGAUGCAGAGAUAAUGAAAAGCAAGAAGAAAGGAAUCUUCAGAAGGUCCAUACUCAGUGGUCUGAAGUUGCGCAAAUCUGAGUCUAAAAGCUCUCUGGCUAGCCAAAGGAGCAAGCAGAGCUCAUUCCGCAGCGAAGCAGGUAUGAGUACAGUGAGCUCCACAGCAAGUGAUAUCAAUUCUACCAUCAGCCUGGGUGAGGGAGAGACAGAGCUCUCUGUCAUAGAGGAUGAUAUUGAUGCCACCACUACAGAGGUCUACAUGGGUGAAUGGAAGCAUGACAAACGUUCUGGUUUUGGGGUAAGCCAACGCUCAGACAGUCUUAAAUAUGAAGGAGAAUGGGCAAACAACAAACGCCAUGGCUAUGGCUGUAUGACCUUUCCUGAUGGAACUAAGGAGGAAGGGAAGUACAAGCAUAAUGUCCUGGUUAGUGGGAAGAGGAAGAACCUAAUCCCACUCAGGGCCAGCAAGAUCCGGGAGAAAGUGGAUCGAGCAGUUGAUGAAGCUGAAAGAGUGUGUAACAUCGCUAAACAAAAGGCAGAGAUUGCUGCUUCGAGGACUUCUCACUCGAGGGCUAAAUCAGAUGCAGCUGCUACUGCAGCACUUAAAGGGCAAGAGGAAGCUCAGAUAGCCAGAAUUGCUGCCAAAGAGUUCUCACCAUCCUUCCAGCAUCGGGAAAACGGGCUUAAAUGCCAGAGGCCAAAACAUCAGAACUCAAGCAAUGAUAUUGAAGUCAUCUCAACAGAAACUCCACCACAGCAUGAAAGCCCCGAACUUUACAGGAAAGGGACUACACCUUCUGAUGUGACCCCUGAUGAUAGCCCUAUGAGGAGCCCCAUGUGCAGCCCCCCGUCUACACCACCUCCAACUCAGUCAGUCCCUAAAUCUAGAAAAAAGAGUGCCCACUUCUCUAGGCAGCUGUCUGUGGAUGAGGAUCGGGGAGGGGAUAUACAAAUGCUGCUUGAGGGGAGGGGUGGGGACUAUGCAAGGCCCAACAACUGGAGUGAAGUUGCUGAGGGCAGAAUAGGAUUGUCAAAGGGAAAUCCACUGGGGCCGUGUUCAAUCCCUGAAGACCUUUUGCUCAAGAGCACUGGCCACAAACAUGUGGUUGCCAACCACAAACCAAGGGAAAGGUGGGCAGACUCCCCAACUACCAUAUCAUGGACUUCACACCGUACACACAACCACAGCCCAAGUGGCAACAAGCUGCUUGAAGUAGAUGAGGAGAAGCUUAGCAAUUAUGAGAUGGAGAUGAAACCCUUGAAGAGAAUGGAUUCAUAUAUGCAAGAAGUACACACCCAAAAAAGACAUUUCAGCAAAGCAGGUCCCCGGAAUACAUCUGAGGCUCACCAUCUAGAGGAUCGCACGUAUGGAGUCCAGAGACUGAGGUCCAAACCUCAGAACAAAGAGAACUUAAGGCCGGCAACUUCUGCUGAGCCCACUGUGCAGAAACUAGAUACACUGCGGUUUGGGGAGAAAGGAGAAUCAAGGCUUUUAAGAAGAGAUUUGACCCUCUCCCCACCGCAAAAAUCUUUACCUGUUGCACUAGACUCUGAUGAGGAAAAUUCUGCUGAGCUCAAAUCCACGGGCUCAGCUCCCAUCUUGGUAGUCAUGGUGAUUUUGCUAAACAUCGGAGUCGCCAUUUUGUUUAUCCACUUUUUCAUUUGAUGGGACUGCUCAAUCCUUUGCAAAAAAAAAGAAAAUAAAAACAGUAAAAAAAAGUCUUUCAAUUAAAAACUAAAAAGUUCAAAGUUCUAGAACACUGAACGCUGCUUACAAAGCCAGGAAUGCAACUUUGGCUCUCCAUCGGCUGGUUUUCGGAUUGAGCCUCUACGUUUUACUAUAUAUUUUUAUUUCUUCGAAAGGAACAGAAUUGAGUUGUAUUCACAGUUUGCCUUUUUCUCCUUGGGUAAUGUCUUUUUUUGGGGGUAUAUUGUUUUUCUGCUUGUUUGGCAUGAGAGAAUGCAAGAGACAAUGACUUGAUUUAUUAUUUAUUUAGUUACCUUUUGUUCAAAGUCCAUCCUUGAGAGUUGCUUUGAAAAUGUACGUGAUGGGUAAAAUACAGAAAAAUACAUUGAAAAGACUUUCUAGGAGUAUACCCACUUUAGAUAUAUAUUUCAGAAACCUCAGUUCAUUCUCAGAGGCAUUCGCCCCUCUGUCCAUGAAUUGGUGAUGUCAGGGCUGCUGCUGUCAUGGACUUUGCCUGGAGAUAGAAUUCUAGUUAAUUAGGGGCGUUGGGAAUGAAUGACUACAGUUAAAAAAUGUAAAAUAAAGGCUUUUUGAUUGGUUGGUUUUGACCAACCAAUCAAACCAGGACACGACUGGCAAUAUAUGGAUUCUUGCACAUGCCUGAAGGGCUGCUGUAAGAUACCAUAGACUGUGGGUAUUUUAAAUCCCCGUUUAGACCUGCUAUCAGCCCUGGGUUUUGCUAAACCCAAAACCAGGAAUCCCAGGAAGAGCUGUGCCAAACCUAUUCUAUUUUAUAAUAAAUGCAAGUAAAAUGGUUUCUAGUCAUCCCAAAGAGAUUCACUUUCAUAUAUAAUCAUUGUGCUUUACUCUACCGUCAAUUUAGUGGUUACUACGGUUUUACACACAAUGUAAGAGCAGUGCUGAAGUAAGCCGAGAUGAUAUAGGCACACAUCGACUUUCCCAAAUCCAUCCACUUUAUUUUAUCCCUACUUUUGUCUCAGCUUUUGCUGGUGAAAGCUUUCUCAAAGUCUAAAUACAUAUCAUACAGGCCUUCAGUUUUCACCUAUAGAUCAGCAACUAACUUUAUGCUGGUUGGUAACUUUUUGUCUAGAAUUUGCCCAUGUUGCUUUUAAGGUGAGGAGGCCUCAGCCCUAUUGAUACUUCAACAUAUUCUGCUUCUUGGGAUAUUAAGGUGCAUUGACCCUUCCAGGCAAAUAGAUUGCAGAGACCUAUGGCAUUGCGUACCCUUUAGUCAGAACAUUUGAUGGCAUUAUUAUGGAUAGUAUCAUGUUCAGACCUCUCCAAAAAAAAGAAAACAUAAUGCUGUGUCCACAUUUAGUGGAAGUGUCUGUUGUUUUCCUAAGCCAAGUUACUUUUGUAAUCCAUUGCAUGCUUGCUAACAAUUAACUGGCACUGCCAGGUCCAAGUUACCAUCUGCUUGUAUUAUACCAAGAACAGAGGAAUGACAUCCCGGGGUACUGCUACCUGUAAUGGCAAAUCUUUAAAUGUGUGUCUUCUGAUAAAACAAUUCAGCAGAUAGCAUCUCAAAAAAAGGAAACAUUACAGAUGCUGCUUUUAGACAUAUGCUGGUAAUUACCUAAAUGUGUGGGGCAAAAGUUCCUAGCUGAGGUUGGGAACCCCGUAUACAACAUUUGUACAAAGAUUUAGGGCUGAACAAGUUCAGUUGUGUGUGUGUAAAUAUCAUGUUAAACAGUGGGCAGCUGUUUCAGCUCAUGCCAGCCCUCACAUUUGAUGCAUAUUAGGAUGUGAAGUAUCUGUUGAUCCCAGUACUGUAGGGGGACAUCUCUAAUGAAAACAGUGACUGUGUGUUUAAAUUAGAUUUGACUUGUUCCUUUCUUGGGCCAGUGCCAACUUGGUUUGCAUUAGAUCUUAGCGGCUACAUAUGGAGAAGGAGAGAUAAAUACUUAAAAUGUUUGGUUUUAGUUCAAGGAGGGGUUAAAAUAAACUAGGGAUGCACCGAAUUCAGGAUUCGGUUCGCAAUUCUUUUUCUUUCAGCAGGAUUCGGACUCGGC